AUGGCUCAAGCACUUGAAAAAAAUGCCAAAGACUUUGGCAUACGAAGACAAGUAUACAGAACUGACAAUGCGCUGCAUACUAUGCUUCGUAUGUCAAAAGCUCUCUCACUUUUGCCAGCUGAAAAGAUUGCUGAAGGGUUUGAAGUGGUGGUCCAGGAGGCUAGACAUUCUCAGAAUGUUGAGGUUGCUGAACGAUACAUAUCAUAUUUUAGAAAUCAGUGGAUGGAACGUGUUGGACCAGAAUCCUUUUCUGUACAUGGCAUGCCAAGAAGAACUAAUAAUGACCAGGAAAUAUUUCACCGCCAUUUAAACGCCAUUAUGAAUUGUCCACGUCCUGGUAUUUGGCAUUUUACUAAAACAUUGAUCAAAAUUAAAAAAGAAUAUGGGACAAAAUAUGAGAGAAUACAACAAAGGCCAACUCUAAGAGCCAGACGUCAAGCUUAUGUUCAACUUGACAGGAAAAUCAGUGCUGCAUGUGAACGGUUGGCCCAGAGAAGAAUUUCUGUCAAAGAAUUUUUGUUUUACACUGGGCAUCUGGCUUAUGAUGCAGAACGAAGACGUGGGGUUCGCAAUGUCGAGGUUCACAAUGGAAUCGUACCUCCCCACAUCUUGGAAACUAUUAAAGAACAAAUUGUAACGGAAAAUGUACAAAACAAUGUUGUUGGAGGGCUUGGUGUUCAAAUGCAAGACCGGUUCGAGCAGCAACAACAAAAUGCCGAACAGUUUCCUGUUCAAGAUGUGGCUGAUUUUGAGAUCGACGAAAACAGGGAUCCAGUGUUCCAUAUGCCAUUCGUGAAAUGGAAGCACAGAGAAUGGCAAGGGAACUGGAGAAUGUCCCUUAUGUCCCAAUCAACAAUUCUUUUGCAUUACCAAGGCAAAUAA